UCCAGACAGGUGCAGGCGGCUCCUCACCGCCAAACCCACGCUCCUGUAAACAGCCGCUGUCGCCGAUGUUCGCCGAAUCCACCACUGUUUAGUCAUCAACGUAUUUAAAGUGUGUUUUCCAUCAACGGACCUUCAUUCAGGGACAGGUGAAGAAAUAAGCUUAUUUUCCGAAUGAGGAUUGGUUCUGUGCCUCCGAACCAGUUUAGAUUUCAGGCUUUCAGAGCGAGUCAGUGAAGCUGCUCCGCGUUACAUUCACUUUACACAUGAUUUAAAGGAGUAAAGGAACCAGAGGAAUCACAGAGACAACGUUUAUGAAGGUAGACCGAAGGAUUGAAGGUAACAUGAUGGAGGUGGCAGGGCCGUGGACAGAAGUGUUCGAGGGCUCUGAGAGGACGGAGAAGUCUGAGGGGGGGGCGGCGUUGCUGCAGAGCUCCACCCUGACUCUGGCUCCUCUGCUCGACGACUCCCCCUCCAUCCGCCGCUCGCAGCCCAUCCUCAUCUCCUCCAACAGGGUGAGAGCAGCUGACUCGUUCUCCUCCUCCGUCCCGUCCAUACCCAACCCCUUCCCAGAGCUGUGCAGCCCCUCGAAGUCGCCGGUGCUCAUUGGUUCACUUCCCCCGGGGUCCAGCGACAAACACCUGAUAAAGGUUUAUGGCGAGGACAACCACAGCAGGUCGGUGUGGGUCUCUCCCGGAGCGACAGCGCGAGAGGUGUGUCACAUGUUGGUCCAGACGGCGCACUGCAGCGACCAGGAGAACUGGGCUCUCCUGGAGCUCCACCCCACCCUCGGCCUCGAGAGGUGUCUGGAGGAUCACGAGGUUGUGCUGGAGGUUCAGGCCGCCUGGUCUCUGAAGGGUGACACCAGACUCGUUUUCUGCAAAAACUACGCCAAGUACGAGUUCUUCAGGAAACCAGUGCUCUUCUUCCCAGAGAGCAUGAUCUCCGACAGCGCAGACGUCAACAAGGGGAUGACGUCAUCGGAGCUCAUUCAGAACCUGCUGAGAUAUGGGACGUGUCCGGAGAUCCAGGGUUUCCUUCACGUGAAAGAACCGAGUCGUAAAGCGUGGAAGAAGGUUUACUUCUUCCUGCGGCGCUCCGGACUCUACUGCUCCACCAAGGGCUCGUCCAAGGAGCCUCGACACCUGCAGUACGUGGCCGAUCUGGAGGAUUUGAACGUGUGCACGGUGGUGAACAGCCGCAAACUGUACGGAGCUCCAGCGGACUUCACCUUCUGCAUCAAGCCAUCCAGAAACCCGGUGCGUGCUCAGGACCUGAAGAUCCUGUGUGCGGAGAACGAGCAG